AUGUUAGUUAGACUGCUUCAGUUUAUAUUAAUAAUUGGAGCUUUUAAAGGCACGUGGGAGAGGAAUCAUGGGAUUGAAACUAGAGCUGAUAUUGAUAAUAUUUUGAAAGCAAUUAAGUCUUCUGAAGAUUCUAAUGAAGACAAUCAUGAACAUAAAGACAAAGAUACAUACAUAAAUCGUAACGGUAAUAACAAUGCAGAAAUUAUCGACUUAAAUACUCUAAAUUCAAUUGUAAAACGUAUACUGAAUAGUGAUAAAAGAGAACAGUUUAACGAAGACGACUUUAACAGGUAUCUUCGAAACCGAAACGAAGCAUUGUGUCGGAAGAUAGGGCGAUGUGGAUGUCGACCCGGUAUCACCAGGUGUGGCGACACAGCUGUAAGUAAUCAGAAAACAGUUAAAGACAUGGAAUAUUUACUUAAUGGCCUGCAAGAAAAAGUAGACAGAGGCUUAGUUUCAGAAGAAGGCAAAGAAGACGAUUUACACUACAAAACUAAACAUAAUGUAGAUAAAUAUAACCCAAAAAAUUAUAUAGAUUUGAAUAAUGUCUUUUCGGAUAGGGAUGAUUUGUUUGGACAAAAAGACUUAUUCAAAUUAGGUAAACAAAAAACAUAUAAUUUGAAUUCAGUUUCUGACCAUACUCCAAAUUAUAAAACAUACAGAUAUGAUGAGAAUGGGCCUUUCAUUCUGCAGCUUGACGAUAUUUCUAAUGAGCCUGAAUUGAUUAAUAACGACGAACGAGAAUUCUCACGCAGCGAAAAUAUCAAUCCUGAUGUUUUUUUCAAACUCUUCAAUCACAUGAGAGAAAAUAUGAUCAACAUUUUAUUCGAAUAUGCUAUUUAUUUCGUGUCGAAGUUUGCGUCUUUAGAAAUGUGUUUAGAUAAGCACUUUACUGAUCUAGUGCGUGAGUCGAGUUCGACUUUGAACGGUGCCGAUCCCGGCCGCCCAGCUGAUGAACAGCGAUCUGUGCCGGAGACGGACCGUAAACAUACCGUUUAG